UCUUUUUAAACACCACUCACUGAGAGGUGGCCAUUGGCGCUUGAGGGCGAGCUGAUCACCUCAGUUUUUUUUCUUCUUCUCCUGCGUAAGAAGUUGCCGCCGCUCACGCGCAAACUUUUCCCCUUUUCUCACCACUAGUAUGGAUGUGUUUUAUACAUGUUUUCAGGACUUCAAACGCUGAACCGCCCUGGUUCUCUUUCAGUACUCGUCCCACAUUCUGGCUCACACUUUCCCGGGAGAAAAACAACAACAACAACAACAACAACCGCAAUCUCUUCCCUAUAGCAUCUGUAUAGCUUAUUGUUGUUGUUGUUGUUGUUGUUGUUGUUUGCUCGGCGCGGCUGUUUGCGAGCGUUGAGUGUGUCCGGUGUAUGUUCACUCCACGGGACUAGGCGCUGUCGGAAGGUGCGAUGAGGCUGCUCGCUUGGAGUUUCCUAAUCCUGAACCAGUGGAUUCUGCGAAAGGUUCAUGGCCUGGAAAAGCAGGUUGGGAAAUCUUUGGAUUACCUGGAGCUAGGCACAGCAGGGUCUGUCUUGAAGCCCCUUCCUUAUGGUGGAGCUGGAGGAGGGGGCAUAGGGGCAGGUGGAGGAGUUAAACCCCCAUUCCAGACCUCCAGGAUAUUCUCCUCUAUGGACCACACACCUAUGAAACCCAAGCCACCCACCUUUGGCUUACCGAACCCAUAUGAUUGGGCCAGGAACCAGUCACAUCUCCUGGAUCAGACAGGCUACCACUCCAAGCGCAAACCUCCCCUCAAAACUGCCAUGAAGACCAAGAAAAUCUUUGGCUGGGGCGACUUCUACUUCAGUGUCAAGACCAUAAAGUUUAACCUGCUGGUGACAGGCAAGAUUGUGGACCAUGUCAAUGGCACAUUCACUGUCUACUUCCGCCACAACUCGUCGAGCCUCAGCAAUGUCUCUGUCAGCAUCGUCCCACCAUCAAAGGUAGUGGAGUUUGAGGUGGUUCAGCAGCAGAGUACCCUCCAUCAGCCAGAGAUCCAGUUUCACCAGCCUCAUCAGUCAACCAUUGAUCCCAAAGACAUCAAGACCUUCAACUGUCGUGUAGAGUAUGAGAAGACCAACCGCUCUAAGAAGCCCAAACCAUGUCUGUACGACCCAUCUCAGACCUGCUUCACCGAGCACACCCAAUCCAAUGCCGCCUGGCUCUGUGCCAAGCCCUUCAAAGUCAUCUGCAUCUUCAUCUCCUUUUUCAGCAUCGACUACAAGCUUGUGCAGAAGGUCUGUCCAGACUACAAUUUUCAGAGUGAACAACCUUACUUUGGAUGAAGAGUACCAAAGCGAAUGAAGUAGAGGAUGGCCAACAUGUGGGAUGUUGUUAUGUGUUGUGUGUCUCUUCUACUUUCUUAAGGUUAUAUGGAUCUCAUAAGAAAUGGUCAACAUGGUGGACAGUGAGUUUUUACCAAGGUGCUGAGGAGGUUUUUGUUCCAAGUUUUUUUUGUAUAUAUUGUGAACAAAGGCAACUCAGUUAAGCUCAAUGAAAUGAAUAUUUAUUUCUUGUUUUUGUUGAAUUUUGUCUGUCUGACUGUUAGAAAUUUGGGAAGAAUGAAAGGUACAAAGUGAAUUUUGUAUUGUUCCUGUAUAUGACCCUGGGCUCUCAGAAAUGUCAUGAGGAUGAUAUUGUAAAUGUCAGGAACAUAGCACUGAUUGUAACAGAUUCAGAAACUGGAACAGCACCCAGUGCUGUUAUAUUGUGCACCCAGUAUUAAAGCAGCUCAUCAUCACACCUGGGUGUAUUUUACUCUGUCAAACUUACAGUGUAAGCAAGACAGAAAGUGGGCAUAGAUACUCUUCAUCAGGAAGGUAU